UGGGGGGCACUUUUUUUAUCGCCGUGCCGGGGCAAAUGCAGCGACGCGCCAUGGCGAGAGCGGCGCGGCGGCAUUGUCACAGAGGUACAAGAUCGCCUCGCCAGUGCUAGGGUUUUGAUUCCGCAACGCAGGCGUCGCGAGAUCUAUGCAAUGGUAGCCGAUUGAUGUGUAAGAUCCAUCAUGUCCUGGCAAAAGGAAGUGGCCAACAUCAAGCUCCAGAUGAAGCUGUCCAAGCGGCGAUGGCUGGCCUGGACGCUGGGAUUGCUCCUCCUGGUCAGCCUCUCCACGCUGGGCGGCAUCAUCGCGUACCACUACACGCCCACUCACAUCACGCCCUGUGAAGUGUUGGGGACUGAUUUGUGUAGAAUUGCGCUGCUCGCUCCGCCGGCUCCUCCUCCGCCCAGGCCCUGGUUGAACAAGAGCGACACCGAGAUUGCCGAGUUUGCUCUUGCGGUGGAUCUCAAGCACCAGAGCUUUCAAGCGCGGUCGGGUCCUUCCAAGGUGGCCUUCUUGUUCUUGACGGCUGGCGCCUUGCCUUUCGAGCUCCUCUGGGAGCGCUUUUUCAAAGGAAACGAAGGCUUGUAUUCCAUCUACGUGCAUGCCUCGGACACGGCCAUCAACAAGAGGGUUGUGUGGAAGACCGAUUUGUUUCGCUCACGAAUGAUCCGCUCUCAAAAGGUGCAAUGGGGCAACAUCAACAUGAUCGAUGCGGAGAGGCGACUCCUCACUCACGCUGUUCUCGAUCAGAACAAUGCCUACUUCGUUCUUCUUUCCGACACGUGUGUACCGCUCCAUAGCUUCCGCUACACGUACAAUCAUUUAUUGAACUUCAGUGGUAGCUUUGUCGACUGCUUCGACGACCCUGGCCCCCAUGGGAGGGGAAGAUACAUGGGCUACAUGUCCCCGCAAGUAGAGCAAUGGGAAUGGAGAAAAGGUGCACAGUGGUUUGCAGUACAGCGCCAUCAUGCUCUUAUGGUCAUCGCUGAUCACGUGUAUUAUCGAAAGUUUAAACUGUUCUGCAAGCCGGGUGACAACAACCGGAACUGCUACCCGGACGAGCAUUACUUGCAAACAUUCCUCUUCAUUAUGGAUUCGGCAGGGAUAGCAAACUGGACAGUCACUCACGUCGACUGGUCCGAAGGCAAAUGGCACCCGAAAUCAUAUACUAAAGCAGACGUAACUGCGGAGAAACUGCGGCAGCUCCAGAUGAUUGACGAAUAUGUGCACAAGACAAGUACUGCAAAGGCUGUGGUAACGAGAACUCCGUGUAUAUGGAAUGGCGAGCGGCGGCCGUGUUUUUUAUUCGCGCGAAAGUUCCUUCCAGAGACGGCCCAAGCUUUGCUCAAGAUCUUGCCCAACUCGACGUGGGAAAAAUCGCCACCAUUAUUGUAGAGUGUCGUCAAAAGAAUCGCAAUGAGAAAUACCAAAGAAACGAAUAGAAUGGAAAGAAAAUAUAAUUUAAACAAAAAAACCAGAGGAGGAA